AUGGUGCGAGGAGUUGAGAUUGAUGCUUGGAAGUUUUCAAUUGCCAAAAAUUUUGUGAGUGAUGCUGCUGUGAAGAAAAAAGAAAAGAGCAUGCGUGUACUUGGAGGGAAUGUUGCAAAGCUACGGAAAAGGUUUUUUCAUUCUAUUGCUCCCGGUGGGCUUGCUGGAGAUAGACGAGGCGUUAUUCCUGCAUUAGGAUUUUCUUUUACACAACAAAUUUGGAAAGCUAUAAAAGAGAACAAGAAUAUUGAUUUACUCGCCCACGAGGUUAUGAUUGCUAUUGUUCGCUGUGAAGAAAUUGCAAAUGCAAAAAUUGAUUCUUUCUUGAAUAAUGAGGAGUGGCGCCACCUUGAAGAUGCGGUACAAAAUGGUAUUGUUCCAGAUUUUGCGAAGAAACUCAGCUCUAUAUUGGAGAACUGCUUGAUUGGUUAUGACAAGGAAGCUGUAUAUUUUGAUGACAGUGUUAGAACCUUAAAGAGACAACAAUUGGAAUCAAAACUUUUUCAGUAUGUUCAACCUGCUUACCGUUCCAUGUUGAAGCAUCUAGUAGCCAAAUAUUCAGAAGAUUUUAACGUUAGAUUUAAUGAGGCUCGGAAAAGUGGAGGAGCUAUUGCUGCUUUUAAUGAUUGCUCUCAGUCUGUCAUGUUCGCAUUUGAUGAAGACUGCAAAGGCAUUCAACAAACAAUUCGGGACUCUUUAAAAGUAGGAUAUGCCAAAAGUGUUGCUGAAUCCAAGGAAAAGGAAGAAGAAGCUGGGAGGGCCUUGAUGCAUAUGAAGGAUAGGUUUUCAACAUUAUGUAGCAAUUAUUCUGAUUCAACAAGAAAAUUGUGGAUGGGAAAAGAAGACAAAAAAGUUUUACACAUAGGAUCAGACUUAUCCCUCUUGAAUCGACGCUCAUGUGCAAAAGAAUGAAAGAUGAAAUAGGAGUUACCCUCAGUGAAUCUCGACCCCUUUAGGGUGGGGCUCAGGGUAAAUUUUUAAUGGGAAAGAGGGGUUAGCUAUGAUGGAAAGUGUUGCUUUUGUUUUGGAUUUUUUUUUUUAAAAUGGAAUUGUGUGCUUUAAAUAGAUGUUUUCUUUGCGGUUUUUUUUUUU